AUGGCGGUGCCACACUCCAGCAGUCUUCUUCAAUACCUAAAUGUUACCACGAUCGGAGUGCUUGGCAUACUUUUUCUUUCCUACUAUCUAUUAGUACGGAGAUCCAGAGCUGGUAAGAGAAGAAUAGGACCUGAAGCAGCUGGUGCAUGGCCAAUAAUCGGUCACCUACACCUCUUAGGUGGGUCACAGCUCCCUCAUGUAACAUUGGGAACCAUGGCCGACACAUAUGGGCCGGUCUUCACAAUUCGUCUUGGGGUGCAUCGAGCUUUGGUGGUGAGUAGCUGGGAGAUGGCUAAAGAAUGCUUGACCACCAAUGACCAGGCUGCAUCCUCGCGUCCCGAACUUUUAGCCUCAAAACAUUUGGGCUACAACUACUCCAUGUUUGGUUUCUCUCCGUACGGUUCUUACUGGCGUGAAGUGCGCAAGAUAAUCAGCCUAGAGCUACUCUCUAACCGCCGCCUAGAGCUGCUGAAGGACGUCCGAGCUUCAGAAGUGGUGACAUCUAUAAAAGAGCUAUACGAGCUCUGGGAAGAGAAAAAAAAUGAAUCGGGCCUUGUCUCGGUGGAGAUGAAGCAGUGGUUUGGAGACUUGACUCUGAACGUAAUUCUUAGGAUGGUGGCAGGGAAGCGUUAUUUCAGUGCUUCAGAUGCAAGUGAAAAUAAACAGGCGCAGAGGUGCCGGAGAGUGUUCAGGGAAUUCUGUCAUUUGUCAGGGCUCUUUGCGGUGGCGGACGCUAUUCCUUUUCUUGGAUGGCUAGACUUGGGGAGACAUGAGAAGACCCUAAAGAAGACAGCAAAAGAAAUGGACAGUAUUGCUCAAGAAUGGUUAGAGGAGCACCGUCGGAGGAAAGACUCCGGUGAAGUUAAUAGUACGCAAGACUUCAUGGAUGUGAUGCUGUCAGUUCUUGAUAGCAAAAACCUUGGUGAUUACGAUGCUGAUACCGUCAAUAAAGCCACAUGCCUGGCUCUAAUUGUAGGAGGUAGUGACACAACAGUUGUCACUUUAACUUGGGCGCUCUCUCUUCUAUUAAACAAUCGUGACACCUUAAAAAAGGCACAAGAAGAAUUAGAUAUUCAAGUUGGCAAGGAAAGAUUAGUGAAUGAACAAGAUAUCAGUAAAUUGGUCUAUCUCCAAGCCAUUGUUAAAGAGACAUUACGAUUAUAUCCGCCAGCAGCACUUGGAGGACCACGUCAAUUCACUGAGGACUGCACCUUGGGUGGUUACCAUGUCUCCAAAGGCACCCGAUUAAUAUUGAAUCUUUCCAAAAUCCAAAAGGAUCCAAGAAUUUGGAUGAGUCCAACAGAAUUCCAACCAGAGAGGUUUCUAACCACCCAUAAGGACCUUGAUCCUCGAGAAAAACAUUUUGAAUUUAUACCAUUUGGUGCCGGUAGAAGAGCAUGUCCAGGAAUAGCUUUCGCUCUUCAAAUGCUACAUUUAACAUUGGCCAAUUUCUUACAGGCAUUCGACUUUUCAACUCCAUCAAAUGCACAAGUUGAUAUGUGCGAGAGCCUUGGACUUACAAACAUGAAAUCUACCCCACUUGAAGUUCUCAUUUCUCCACGCAUGUCUUUGUUAUAG